AUGGCUGCAAACACCAACACCGCGGCUCUCAACGCCGAGAACCUGGGCACCGGAAACACAUACCAGAAUCCCAGCGUGAACCCGACUGCUACGCAGGGCACCGCUGCCACCAACAUCGGUGAACAGCGUCUGGGCGGCGACAGCACGAACCCUGAUGCCGGCUACCACGGCACGACAGCCCCGGCGGGUGCGCAAGCAGGGUACGGUAGCACGACAAGCACUGGUGUCGGAAGCUCCAUCGGACGGGAGGCCAACGUGCCCGCAACAACUGCCACUCACGCUCACACUGGUCCGGCGGGACAGGUCGGCGGCGGAGACGCGCCGACGACGCAUGGCGGUGGUAUCGGACACCAGAUCAAGGGCGCCUUUGCUCAGACUCACGGCGUGGGCGAGGUGUUGAGAGGAAAGUUCAACUCUGCCGUGGAUACUGUGGCAGGUGACUCAGAGGGUCUGGCGAAGAACAAGAACAUCACCACUGGUGGCGAGAGAGAGUUUGCGAACAAGGACUUUGUGAAGAAGGGGACCACUGAUAAGGCUCUCUGA